GGGUUUCGACAGUCACAGAUGCUGAGGAGAACUGAAUGUGGAAGGACUGAGGGAGGAAACCCGAGUACCCGGAGGAAACACACGCGGACACGGGAAGAACAUGCAAACUCGACACAGAAAGGUCCUCAGCUAGGAUUCGAACCAACAACCCUCUUGCUGGCCCAGAGGAAAAAGCAGUCACGUGGAGGUCCUGAAUGCCGCACAUGCGCAAUGGGAAUUCUCGCCACUUCGAUCACAAACGACUCCAUCAUUAGACCAGCUGGAUUUUACAUUAUCGGAUUUAGGGAUUUAAAGUUUGCUGAUUUGUAUUUAAUUUUUCUCGGCUUCAUUUAUAUUGUAACGGUUUUGUGCAACACCUUUCUCAUUUCGGUUAUAUGGAUAGAUCGUAGCCUAUACACUCCAAAGUACAUUGCGGUGGCCAAUUUAGGGGUUGUCGACUUGAUUCUCAGUACAUCCUUUAUUCCUAGUGCGAUCAACACGUUUGUGACGAAAGAUACCUUCAUGACCUUCAAUGCAUGUUUGACACAGAUGUUCUUUUUUUACGGUACUUCAGUACUCGAGUCAUUUUGCCUCGGUGCACUUGCCUAUGACAGAUUAAUUGCGAUAUGUUUCCCACUGAGGCAUAAUUCCCUUAACACUCCCACAAGCAUGAUCAGUAUUUUAGCUGUUGGUUGGUCGUUUAGUGUAAGCGCCAUUGUGUUCGUGGUCUGGACAUUGACAAAACUGUCUUUUUGUGAAUCACUCACUGUGUACAACUUUUUCUGUGAUUACCGAGCCGUGUUCACACUAGCGUGCAAUGACAAGACACUACAGUGGACCACCGCCGUUUCUCUGAGUUUUGUGAUUGGGUUUGGCGCCCUUAGUUUCAUCCUCCUAUCAUACGUGUUUAUUUUGGCAGCCGUGUUUAGAAUGAAAAGUGUGGAGAGCAAGUACAAGGCACUCGCAACUUGCACAGAACAUCUCGUCCUUGUUGCUGUUUUCUAUGUGCCGAUCAUAACGCUGUACUUCAUUGAACUUUUCAUAUUCCUCGUCGAUCCAAGCAUCAAAAUGGUGAACUUGUCGUUAGCCUCGUGCAUCCCGACCUGUCUGAACCCCAUUGUGUAUUCCCUGGCAACCAAAGAAAUCAGGAACAGAAUAUUGGCUAUACUCCAGAAAGUCAAGGUAGCAGUGUGGGCAGGGUAGGUGAGCAGCAAGAGGUUGCAGUAAAUUAACAUUUUUUUUAAAUUGUAUUUUACAUUUAAAAUCUAUAAAACAUAUUUAUUUACAUUAUCUGACAAUAUGACAGAGGUGGAAGGAUACCAGAAAUAUUUUUUUGUUCUCAGCAGGACAUUAUUUUUCAGUUAGGUGCAGGCAAAUGAGAACAUUCCAAAAAAGAAAGACUCUUUGAAUUCCCUUUCCUCCCUGCCAAAAUUUCACUCUCAAGAAAAAAAAAUUAAAGAAAAAUGUUUUGGUCACAAGACACUUUGCACUUUUUAAAAACAUUUUACCUGUUUCCAAUAUUAGGAAGAGACAUGUCCCCCCUGACCCCCUUGUGUCAACCCCCCCCC